CAUCAAACUAUACUAACCAUGGAAGAUAUCUUCUUCUACACAUCUCUCUCAAUCAUCGAUCGUGUGCCUCCUCAUCACUCUAAAGCUGUUUGGACGGCGUCGUUACCCCAAUCUCCCUCCAAGCCCUUCCUUUUCUCUUCCUAUUCUCGGCCACCUCCACCUUCUCAAACCCCCAGUCUACCACACCUUCCACCGCCUCGCUCAGAAACACGGCCCCAUCUUCUCCCUCUGGUUCGGCUCCCGCCGCGUGGUCAUUAUCUCCUCCUCCUCGGCCGUGCAAGAAUGUUUCACCAAAAACGACAUCGUGUUGGCGAACCGUCCUCCUUCACUCUUGGGCAAGCACUUAGCGUACAACAACACCACCAUGUCCUCCUCACCCUACGGCGACCACUGGCGCAACGUUCGCCGUAUCGGCACCGUCGAGGUCUUGUCCACUGGCCGGCUUAACUCGUUCUCUGAUGUCCGAAAAGACGAAGUCAAGCAUUUGCUGCGCAAGCUCUCUCAAAACGCAGGGGAAGAAGGUGGUUUUGUGAAGGUGGAGCUGAGGUCUAUGUUCUAUGAGCUGACCUUCAACAACAUAAUGACAAUGGUAGCAGGAAAGAGGUUCGCCGGGGACCAUGUUUUGAACAAAGAAAAGGGGAAGGAGUUCAUUGAGAUCAUGAACGAGACUCUCUCGUUAGGUGGGGGAACCAAUCCCGGAGAAUUCAUGCCCUUUCUCAAUUGGUUUGGCGGUAGUGGUUUUGAAGAGAAGGUGAAGAAGUUGGCCAAAAGAGCAGAUGCGUUCUUUCAACAUCUGAUUGAUGAACACAGGAACAAAAGUGCUUCGGAGAGUAAAAUUACCAUGAUCGACCAUUUGCUUUCCCAGCAGGAGUCACAGCCUCAGUACUACACCGAUGACAUUAUCAAAGGACUAAUACAGGUUUAUUAUUGGCGGGCACAGAUACAUCUGCAGUAACAUUAGAAUGGGCCAUGUCCAAUUUCACUACUAGAAAAAUGGCCACUAGCCACCCCCCUUUUAGAUACUUUUUAUUAACCGUGUCAUUUGGCAUAGCAAAUGGCACCCUUUUUUAUUUUCAGUUUUCUUUGCUCUAGAGGUACUGAUGACUGUGGCAAAAUAGAGGGUAAAAUAGACAAAAUAUUUUGCUACCACAGACAUCGGUAUCCAUUAAUAAAUUAUCAAUUUAAAUUGAUGCAGUAAAAUUAAAUAUUAAAAUUAA